AAUGGACCAAACACAGUCAUUUCCGUUCCUUUUAACUAACAUAUUAAAAAAACUGAAAUUUGAAAAGUUCGAAAUUUACAUACCGUACAUGCAAGAACGUACCGUAACGACAUCUAGUUUGAUUUCGGGCCCUAAUAUUUUUUUUAAAUACUUCCUCGUGCACAAGCACGUACCCAAUGAUAUUAUAUUAAACACUAGCUUUUAGCCAGCAGCUUUGUCCGCGUGAUCCCUAGGCAACUGUUUAGUGGGAUAAGUAUUAGCCUAUAUGUUAAUCCAGGCUUCUAAUUAUCCGUAUACCAAGUUUCAUCAAAACCCGGAUAGUAGUUUUUUCGUGAAAGAGUAACAAAUAUACAUACAUCGAUCCUCACAAACUUUUGCAUUUACAUAUAAUAUUAGUAGGAUAACGAAACGGUAUUCAGACUGGUCACCCAGAUUUCGUUAGUCACGGCACAGGCGUAGUGUUUCAACAUUCAAAUAUACAUUUCGAGACAGUCUAGUUUUCAAGUUUUUUUGUCACUAAAUAAAACACAAUAAACUAAUGCUGGUGAAAUAUCUAGUUCGUAGACUGUCUUUUCAUGUUGGCAUGGACGAAUGAUUAUAUUGGUUUUUUUCAUAUUAGCAUCAUGGUAUCUUUGGUUAUAAAUCUCAACUAUAUUAUGAUUUUACAUAAUGGAAGCUUUGUAGAUAACAAAAAUUGAAUGAAGUAGAGAAAACGGUAUUUAUAGUUUUUUUUUUUACGAACUGUUAGUUAUAUUUUAACGAAAACAAUCGAUAAUAAUAUCCAACCCUAGCUAGUGUCUGUCAGUGUCACUCGUGGACAUCAAUAAAGUCAACGAGAGUUUUUCGAAAUAAAUUUAUUUGAAUUGAAUUUUAUAUUGAUUAAAUAAUAGGUCCGUGAACAAUUGUAGUUUUAUUUUAAGCUAUGUAGUAAUUACCGUAUUUUUAAAUUAUAAAGUUAUUAAUUAAAUACCUAAGAUGUCGGAUAGGAAAGACAAGUGGGUUCGCCGGUUUACUGUAGACGAAACAUCAAAACACAAUAAUGGCUUCACUAUUUACAAGAUCACUUCUGUCUUAUUCCCCAUAGAAUCUCCAGAAGCAGUGACAGUAGUGUCAGUUUGGAAGCGAUACAGUGACGUACAGAGGUUGCAUAAAAGUAUGAAAGCGCUGCAUGCUGGUCUACAUCUCCGGGGCACGUUUCCACCUCUUACCAGGCACAGUUACUUCAAGCGGUUUCAAAAGGAGGUGGUGGAGGAGCGAGCUAAAUGCAUCAAGAGUCUGCUGGAGUGUGUUGCGGAGCACAGACUACUGUUCACUAGCACCGAUUUCGUCAACUUUCUGCAGACUGGUUACCCACAGCCAGAGAGCGAGGCCGGCGGAAUCAUAAACGCUAUAAGGUCGUCACUUCAUCUACCUAUAGAGGAGACACCGCCUCUGGAGUACCAAACUGACGAUGACGAUUCUAGGAGCCCCAUACACACAGCGCGAUCACAAACUGCAGACAAUCAACAACUGAACAUUGACGAAACAGACUUCAUAUCCCAGAUCCCUAUUUACGAAGCGGCAGACGUUGAAAUACGCGAAUCACCGAAAGAUGACAAACUAUCCAACGCCAAUAGUUUCGAAUCCCUAAGCUCAUUAGACAGCAUAAACAGCGACCUUUACGAUGAACUAAGCAAGGUGACCAUAGACAAACACAAGCCGAGCGUGAAAAGCAAAUCAGCGUUGCCAGACUUGAUAAAUUUCGACGCGCCGUCGACAUCGAAAUUCGAUGACUAUCACACUAUGUCGAAAUGUGGUAACACCAAUUCUGAUAGUACUUCUCUAACUUCUAACAUGUAUGGCUCUACAAGUUCUGUAUUCGACAUGGAGAGGAGAAGUAGUUCACGCAUCUCUCUCUACAGCAAGCAAAGUUUGUUGUCUCUGACCAACGUGGAGAGUAGGACGAGGACGGAAGACAGUUAUGUGUUCGAGGCGGGUUAUAUGUUGAAUUUAGCAGCGAGAUGUGAAAAUAUGGGUGAUUAUCAAAAGGCAUUUGACUGUUACAAAUCUGGCAUAGAGAAGAUGCUUAUUGGAGUACAGAAUGACUCAGAUCCACAGAGGCGCGCGUUAAUCAAAGAGAAAACCAACAAAUAUCUUUCAUAUGCUGAGGCUAUUUAUAAGGAUCACUUGAGUGAUACUGAAAGAAGUUAUAGUAUAUGUGGCAUCCCUCUCACACAGUUGUUGCCAGAGCGAGAGGAGAGCGCGUGCCGCGCGUCGCAGUGCCCGCUGCCGCUGUCGAUGCUGGCGCGGCCCUACGAGGAGCUGGCGCUGUACCGCGUGCUGGCCGUGCUCAGCUCCAGCAUCAUGCUGGUGUUGCACAAGGAGCAGCAGGCCUGCUAUGCGAUGAAGGUCGUACAGAAAGUUCCUCAUAACUUAACAGAAUUCGACGAGUACUUUUUGCGUCGCACGACCGAAACCCGCGAGCCGAUACUGCCCACUCUCAUCCCGUACAUGGUGCCCCUGCACGCGUAUGUGGAGACGAACAAUCUGUACUUCCUAAUACUAGCUUACGCACCGGGCGAGAAACUGUUCGACUACAUAAAAAACUAUGUGAAAUCAACACCUAACACGCCCGCUAGAGAAGUUAAUCUAGAGAACGUGUUCGCUGAACCUAAAAUUAAAAGUAAUGAUACGGACAAUGAUAAUGUUGAUAAUGUGAAACUGAAUAUCGACACCGAAGAAGCCGUGAAUAACAAUCAGAGCGAUAAGACUGAAACAUUGGAUAAUGUAAACGUUAGUGUUAAUGAACUGGUGAUCAAUUCGCAGAAGUUGUUGAUGAAUGUUGAUAAAGCUUUGAGUGAAGCCAAGACUGAUGUUAGUGUUAUGAAGGACGAAGACAAGGAAGUGGACGUUGAAAGGAGAGAUCCAUUGCCGACUUUGAAUAGGUAUGCAAGUUUCGGGGGCGAUGAAUUGAAUUAG